AUGAACCGGGCGUGGAACAGAGACGGACGGUGGGUCAGUGAGGUGGAGGUGGGACAGGUGUGGGUCAGUGAGGUGGAGGUGGGAGAGGUGUGGUUCAGUGAGGUGGGAGAGGUGUGGGUCAGUGAGGUGGAGGUGGGACAGGUGUGGGUCAGUGAGGUGGAGGUGGGACAGGUGUGGGUCAGUGAGGUGGAGGUGGGACAGGUGUGGGUCAGUGAGGUGGAGGUGGGAGAGGUGCGGGUCAGUGAGGUGGAGGUGGGAGAGGUGUGGGUCAGUGAGGUGGAGGUGGGAGAGGUGUGGGUCAGUGAGGUGGAGGUGGGAGAGGUGCGGGUCAGUGAGGUGGAGGUGGGAGAGGUGUGGGUCAGUGAGGUGGAGGUGGGACAGGUGUGGGUCAGUGAGGUGGAGGUGGGACAGGUGUGGGUCAGUGAGGUGGAGGUGAGACAGGUGUGGGUCAGUGAGGUGGAGGUGGGACAGGUGUGGGUCAGUGAGGUGGAGGUGGGACAGGUUUGGGUCAGUGAGGUGGGAGAGGUGUGGAUCAGUGAGGUGGAGGUGCUGUCAGUGAAAUGGAGGUGGGUCAGUGAGGUGGAGGUGGAGAGUGAGGUGGAGGUGGGAGAGGUGUGGGUCAGUGAGGUGGAGGUGGGACAGGUGUGGGUCAGUGAGGUGGAGGUGGGACAGGUGUGGGUCAGUGAGGUGGAGGUGGGACAGGUGUGGGUCAGUGAGGUGGAGGUGGGAGAGGUGCGUGAGGUGGAGGUGGGAGAGGUGCGGGUCAGUGAGGUGGAGGUGGGAGAGGUGUGGGUCAGUGAGGUGGAGGUGGGACAGGUGUGGGUCAGUGAGGUGGAGGUGGGACAGGUGUGGGUCAGUGAGGUGGAGGUGAGACAGGUGUGGGUCAGUGAGGUGGAGGUGGGACAGGUGUGGGUCAGUGAGGUGGAGGUGGGACAGGUUUGGGUCAGUGAGGUGGGAGAGGUGUGGAUCAGUGAGGUGGAGGUGCUGUCAGUGAAAUGGAGGUGGGUCAGUGAGGUGGAGGUGGGAGAGGUGUGGGUCAGUGAGGUGGAGGUGGGAGAGGUGUGGACAGGUGUGGAGGUGGGAGAGGUGUGGGUCAAUGAGGUGGAGGUGGGAGAGGUGUGGGUCAGUGAGGUGGAGGUGGGACAUGUGUGGGUCAGUGAGGUGGAGGUGGGAGAGGUGUGGGUCAGUGAGGUGGAGGUGGGACAGGUGUGGGUCAGUGAGGUGGAGGUGGGACAGGUGUGGGUCAGUGAGGUGGAGGUGGGACAGGUGUGGGUCAGUGAGGUGAAGGUGGGACAGGUGUGGGUCAGUGAGGUUGAGGUGGAGGUGGGAGAGGUGUGGAUCAGUGAGGUGGAGGUGGGAGAGGUGUGGGUCAGUGAGGUGGAGGUGGGAGAGGUGUGGGUCAGUGAGGUGGAGGUGGGAGAGGUGUGGGUCAGUGAGGUGGAGGUGGGAGAGGUGUGGGUCAGUGAGGUGGAGGUGGGAGAGGUGUGGGUCAGUGAGGUGGAGGUGGGAGAGGUGUGGGUCAAUGAGGUGGAGGUGGGAGAGGUGUGGGUCAGUGAGGUGGGACAGGUGUGGGUCAGUGAGGUGGAGGUGGGACAGGUGUGGGUCAGUGAGGUGGAGGUAGGACAGGUGUGGGUCAGUGAGGUGGAAGAGGUGUGGAUCAGUGAGGUGGGAGAGGUGUGGGUCAGUGAGGUGGAGGUGGGAGAGGUGUGGGUCAGUGAGGUGGGAGAGGUGUAG